CUCUCUAUCUACUCCAGGAAGGGAGCUAACUGGUUAAAUCACUGUGCGGUCGACCGAUUGAGAUUAAAGCUUUGGGUAAUAUUUAUUACAAAGACCAUAUAAACUUUGACCAUUCGGGGAAUCUAAACAGAACCAAUCCAUUUGUAGUUUUGCUCUGCUUUUCGACGUUUAACCACCCUCCACCCCUCCGUGUCUGACUUUGCUGGGUCCAGAUCAGCCUAUGACCACAGAGUUGUGUCAUCGGGAUGUGUGAAGCUGAGAGACUGGGUAGCAUGUGUGUUAUUCCAGUGCAAUGACUUUGUGAUCUGAGAACAGAGAACACAACGGCUAUCUCUCUCGGAUCAGUUACACACAAAUAACUUGCUGGCCAGGACUCCUGGAGAAAAUGGAGGAGAGUUCAGGAGAUGCAGUGCCAACCAUGGAAGAAAAGCCUAUGUCAGUGGCUGCAUUAGCAUCAAAAUUUAAACAAGGAACGAACAAUACCUUAGAAAAUAAUGAGAAACCGCUCAAGAGACCAGUUCGGAAAAAGCCUCCUAGCUCACUGCCUUUGUGUGGGAUGAAGAAUGACAGUGAAACAGACCGUAAUGCAGAUGAGAAGUCAUCAGUUAAUGACUCCAACCGUCCACCAAAGUUGAAAUUGAAGACUUCCUCCCCGCUCAUUGAAAAACUCCAGGCCAACUUGUGUCUCUCCCCGAUUGCUCUCUUGCCUGGCGCUGGUCCAAAGAGUCCAUUAAAAUCUUCCUUCUCACCUUUUACUAGUCCUGCUUCCACACCUGAUAGUCCUGGAACACGCUCCCAAUCUAGUGAAUCUGAUGGAGGACCAGUUUCAUUUGACCAACCUGCAGAAAGGGAACCUUUGCACAGUCUGCACAAGAACCGGGUACGUGUGUCAUUGAAACGACGGCCACCCAGCAGGAGAUUUCGACGAUCAGCUGCUGAAGAUGCAGUAAACUCUGACUCUGCAGAAACAGACACAUCUCCUAAAAAUGCAGAACCAGAGCAGAAUGGAACACCAGAUGAGGAAAGCAAUGAUGUUUUUACUGAUGAUGGAGUUCAAACCGAUGAUGCAACCUCUAAGAAUUCCCCUUCGCCUAAAGAAGACUCUCUCCCCUCACCAAAAGAAUCUUCUCCUGAACAAGCAUCCGAGAAAGAGCUCGAUCACCUCUCAUCUUCUCAAAGCCAAGAAUCUGAAUUGUCUUCUGAUCUAAGCCAAUGUGAGCACAUGGAAGACAAUGCUAGCACUACAAAAGAAACUGAGGAGUCUUCAAACAAGGACAAUGAGGCUUCUGCCAGCAGUGAUCACAACAUAGCAGGAAGUGAGACUGCAGAUUCUGAGAGCUCUAAAGAAGAACCCAAAAUUGAAGAAGUGAAAGCAAUUGAUAUUCAGCAGCAGAAUUCCAAAGCAGAGGAAAUGUCUCCUGAGGGCACUGAAGACGAAAAAUGCACCUGACUAUAUCAAACUCGGUCCAAUUGAUAUUCAUUGGAGGCUGACAAGUUUUCAAUGUAAAUCUGUUUAUUUUGUGCCUACAGGUGAAAGAUUCUGCGCAACUUUUAGCUCUUUUGUUUGCUAGGGUGUGUGCACAUUUCUGUAAUAGUUCCCCUGCACAUUGUUUGCUUCUGCUCAUUAAGGGCUGGACUCAUUCACAGAUCUAUCCCAAUUUACUCAGGUAUCUCCUUCGUGCAUCAUGAUUUUGAAAAUUUCUCUUUUGGAUAAAUACUUAAUUCUAGCUGCACAUUACAAGGAGUGACUGCAAUGAAUGUCAAUAAAUAAAAUAGCACAGAAAUGCCAAAAAAGAAUUGUGUGCUGGACCUUUACAAUUCGAUAUGCAUGUGUGGAAUAGUGGAUGUGAAACUGGCACACAACUGCAUAAUUUAAAAAACAGAAUGAAUAAUUCCCUGAAACCAAAAAUGGCAAUCUUAGAAUCAGGGGAAUCAAAUGAGAAGAUUCCAAAUAUACAGUAAUUAAUGCCAAUGAUUUAUUUAAGUGUAAAAAUACCCCAAUUAGUCAGGUCCUCCAUGCUGCUGCCUUCCAGCUUUAUUUCAGAAUAAGGUAUCUCUAAUAAAAAAUAAUGGAAGGAAAGUUACAGAUUUGUAUAUAUUUUGUUGUCCUUCUAUUAACACUUCUAUUUUGGAGAUUGGCCAAACAUGGCAACACAAUAGCUGAUCAGUUGGUUGGUGGGACAGGCAGAGCAGGAUUGAAGUAGAGCUCAGUAGUUAGUUUAUGGGGUCUCCAACUUAAAUUCCAGCAGUUUGAUGGAGUGAAGAAACUUGCUAAUCCUCUUCUGAAGCUAUCUGUCAAAUCAGACCAGGGAAGGAAUAGAUAAUUCCCUGUUUCAUUUUAACACUCUCUAGCUACACCCCGUGCCUCUCAGGCCUGAUUUCAACCAAACCUAAAAUCAAGGAGAUGAUUGACUUAAAUUUAUGUAUUACUUGUCUCAGGUGAAUACCUAUUCGGUUGUUUGCCUUAAAGAUUGAAAACAAAGUUCUUGUAUAUCAACGAUCUCCCUAGCCUUUGAUUCAAAACUGUCACCAAUAUAAGCCACUAUAUAUAUUAUCAUUUACUUAGGAAUGUUGGCUUCUGUGAAACUUUAAUUCAGUUUAUCUGUUUAAGACAAAAUUGCUCUGAACUCCUGUUUAAAUAGUUUCCUCUGAAUUCAUUUUCCUCAACAUCAGGGAUUUUGUUUCCCAUCUUGAGAAAGGUGUAGUGAGGUGCACACAUUCUGGGUGAUGUUAGUCAUUGAGUAAAGAUCCAACCUCUCCCUUUUCCAGGAACAGUUCACGCUAUCUACAAAUAGAGAAUUGUUUUAUAUGUGCAUCCUUAACCAGGACAGCCCAAUAAGAUGCUGCAAUUACAUGGAAACCUUUGGAGUAGGAAACCCACUUGUGCUUGUGAUUAAAAUGUCCUGAUGGAAGAUUUAAUUCUUUGACUGUUAUUAAUGCUGGGAAAUAUUUUAGUCUCUCUGGUAAUGGAAUGUUGAAUUUUGAACCCUCGCAAUGAGCAGAGGCUUUCGACACUUUCAUAUCCACUAAUGGCAACACAUCUGCAGAUGACUGAAAUGAUGAUGUGAUCAUACUUUAACACUUCAUUCAGUUCCAUUGCUCAUGCACGUUAAACAUUCAAAAUACAUACCAAAUUACAAGUCAAGCCCAGAAAUGGGAAAAUGUUUUUACAAAUGUCCUGGUUAAGUAUUUUACAAAACAAAUAUAUGUGAAAACACUGCAAUGAGUAAAGUGAUUUACAUCAGUAAGUGUUUCACACAAACCUUUUAUAUAUGUUCAUUUUCAUGGUAUUUACAAAGUUAAAAUGUGAAAACCCCAGUGGAAUACUUUAUAGUGCAGCGUUGCCCUCUGCUUGCCUUUUUCCAUAGCAGUUAAAGUGAACUCUGGCAGCAGCCUACAAAUUCUGUAGUUCCACAUAAGUACUUUAUAAUCUCACCACACUGUGCUGAUGCAGAGUCACUAUGCACUUCACACAUGGUUGCUUGUUUCUGUUUUUUUAUGAAUAUCUCAAUGUUCCAUGACUGACUUGGAUGAACAAUGAUCAGGAUUAUUCUAUUCAUUAAGAAAUUUCAUUAAAGGCAAUAUCUACAUGUAAUGAACUUGUUAAAAUUUCAAAUUAACCUGUGCAUUGCAUUGGCAGCUUUCAUUGAGUUCAGUCACUGUGAAAUUAUUCAUUUCUGAUUUUCCCCUCCACUGGUCAGAAAACACCAGUCAGUGCAGUCCCAUCUUACUGAAUUUUUUUUUAAUUUGGCAAAUAAGAUGAGGAAACUGUUGUUCAACAAGAUUAUAUGAACCAGAGAAUCCAAACUGAAAUUAUUGAUCUCUGGACAAUUGUGCAAGAGCUAUUUGUGACUUUAUUAUGGUUUAAGAGAAUAGGAACAUGGAAUUCUUGUUCCAAUAAAUCUGAUCUGAGAAAAUAUUUGAUUUGAAUAAUGUAAAUUGAUAUUUUCUGGCUUAAUAUAUAUAAAAGAUUUAAAAUAGAAAGAUUUAAAAUGUGGUUUCGUUGAAAAAAAGAUUGAAUUUAAGAGUAUUGACUAAAACUUCCAGGUGGAAAUAUAUUUAUCAACACAUUGCCUCAUCAAAAGGUACACAUGAAACAUGAGAACAAAUUGGUUCAGUGGCAGGAAGACAUUAAUCUCAUUUGAUACCUACAAUGACCUCUUGUUUCAUGCAGACAUAGAAAUAUGUAUAAUAGGAGCACGGUCUUGCUGUAAAUAACCUUCCUGUCAAGCUGUACUGCCACCCUUGCUUCAACUAACGAUACAAUUUUACUUGUCAUUGAAUAACCUUCUCUCUCAACAGAUUUCAAAAUGCUGGUUUUAAAUUAUUCAAUCAAAUUGUGUUAGUCAAAAUUUCUCACGUAGGUACAACUCCAGAUCAACUACCUUCAGAUACAAAAUACUAAGUUAAUGAGAAGUGUAUAUUAAGAAAUCAACCAGAAGGAAAGUUUGAUCAGAGUAGCCCCAACAGAUUUGAGAUUUUGGAGGCAUUGAUAAUAGAAGUGUGAUAAAUCAGUAAGUUACAGAAUGAUUAGCCAUGGGUCAGUAUUUGCACUGAUUCUAAUAAAAUCAAUAUCGUGUAUUUGGCAAGAAAACAACUGGAAUUGAUGACCCUAACUUUUGUCUGAGUGACCUAAAUUGUAUGCCCUUUUACGAUGUUCACAAUCUGUCCAUGUAUUUCUUCGUGAUUUCCUGCAUAUUUUCGAAGUUGAAUAUUGCGACAUAGAGAAAGUAAAGGAACUGUGCACAAUUUUUUAUUUACAAUCACCAAAUAAAGCAGGCUUGUUGAUUUUAUGCCACUUAACUGUAAAGUUGUUAAUCAGACAAUACUUGGCAAAGGACACUUCCUUCACUACUAUUACAAUGUUAGUGCAACUCAUGUGAGUUGGUCCAAUUAUUGGAGAUGAUCUGAACAAUGGGACAAUGCUAUCUCCACCAAUGUUUCCUAAUUAAAAGGUUUUGCAUGUAAUUUCUACUAGGGACCUCAAGAUAAAUCCUUUGAUCACACCAAAAAAAGUAGUUGUGUUGAAGUGAAAAUGUUUUAAGUGGAUGGUGUCUCUGAGCAGGAGCAUUUAAUUUUGCUACUGCACAAAUUAUUGCAUUACCUUGCAAUUAGUAUCCUAAUGUAUACUGCAGUUUCAAGUCCUGAAUUUAGAAUCUAGAUAUGUAACACUUCUGAAUGACUGUGAAUGUAAAAUUCUCAAUGGAGUGAGGUGUACGCUGGAAGUGUUUGCUUUGUAUUCUUGGUAAAUAUAUGUUGCCAAAAAUGCUGCUUUUGUAAGCUUUUAAGUGAAAAUAAAAAUGUACUAUGAAAGUAA